AAAGAGGUGGGGGUGACAUCUGUUUGCAUUAGUCUCCUGUUGUCCACUCUUGAUGCUCAUAAAACUGUUUAAACAGAACCUUAGUAGUGUGUGCUGAAAAUACGACCCUGUGAUUUUUCCUUGCUUCUCUGAACAGGAACAUUAACUCAGUGAGCGCUCAGAUCAACUAGGUUGGCUCUGCCUGACCACCAACAGCCAUGCCCCACUUUAUGGUGUGCAACCGGCCACUCAACUGGACUCUGACCUUAGUGCUGGGGUAUCUCUUUUACCUCCUCUUGGGAGCUGCAGUGUUUCAUCUGCUGGAAAAGCAGGCAGAAACCAAAACUCGAGACCAGUUCCAAAUUGAGAAGCUCAAGUUCCUGCAAAACUACACAUGCUUGGAUCGGCAAGCCCUGGAGCAGUUUGUACAGGUCAUUAUGGAGGCCUGGGAGAAAGGUGUCAACCCUGAAGGAAAUUCUACCAAUCCCAGCAAUUGGGAUUUCAGCAAUAGCUUCUUCUUUGCGGGAACUGUUGUCACCACCAUAGGUUAUGGGAACCUGGCCCCCAGCACAGUGCCUGGGCAGGUGUUCUGUGUAUUUUAUGCAUUGUUUGGUGUGCCUCUUAAUCUGGCAUUUCUCAACCAGCUGGGGAAAGGGCUCAGUGCUCAUCUAAUCAAUCUGGAGAGAUGGUUCCACAAGCCAGGUCGAGCUCGGGUGAUUCAGAUUCUGACAAUGGGACUGUUUCUGAUGGCUGGCACUUUGCUUUUUCUGAUUUUCCCCCCAAUGAUCUUCAGUUAUGUGGAAGGCUGGAGUUACGGAGAAGGCUUCUACUUUACUUUCAUCACCCUCAGCACCAUUGGAUUUGGAGACUAUGUAGUAGGCACUGAUCCAAACAAACACUAUAUCUCAGUGUAUAGAAGCCUGGCAGCAAUAUGGAUUAUUUUUGGCUUAGCCUGGCUUGCUCUGAUCUUCAAUCUGGGAGCUAAUGUGAUGGAAAAAUUCCUACAGCUCAACUGGCAAAAACAUGACACUGGUGCUGGACAGACAGCUGUUGCCAAAACAGAUGAUAAUCCUGAUCCCCACAGGAUCCAUAUCCCCAGCUGAGGGUGAUUAACGGAAUGCCAACGUGAAAAGAGAACUGCUGUGCUACCCUCCUUAUGUCUGCAAAGCAAGGUUUGUGGGUAAGACAUAUAGCAUCAUACAAGGGGAAGAGAAACUUUUAACCAGAAAACAAUCUCUAAUACUGUACAGAAAACAACUAAACGAAGCCUUUGAAGGAAGAUGAACUUAAAGUGUAGUUGUUGCAUGUUUCCAACACAACCAGUUCUUUCAGCAAAUAUCAUCUUAGAUAAGAUUGUCUCUUAUGGUUCAGAUUGACCUUGAGGCUACUGAACAUCACUUUCUCCUCCAAGAGUAAAAUGCACCAUCCGCAUGGUCAAACUCUGUUUGCAGAGAUCAGUUUUUCCUCCUAACUUGGUAUGAAGAGAAGUAAGAAACUAUCCCCUCUGUCUAUUUCCCUAUUUUGCUCAAAGUAAACUCUUGUCUGAAUCCUCUUAAACCUUUCUGCUUUGUGGUAGAACAAGUUUUAUACAUUCUCGGCACCAACUGUGAAGGAAAUUACAGGCAGGUCAUAGUUCCAAGUCCUCAGACCUCAAUAAUGGAUUAAUUAACUUAUUAUUUUUUACUACCACCAAAAGAGGUAUGAGCAAGGCCACUGAGAACAGCUGAACCUUUGCAGAACAGUAAAGGGAACGCUUCUGAUGGAAUUCAGCCAAUUCAUAUCACCACCUUUAGCUAUCUCCUAAAUGGGCUGAGCCAAGUAACAUAGAGUCUCUGCCAUUAUCAACCAAACCACCCUUUGCAAUUGUAACUAUUCAUCCAUCAAUAUUUGAGCAUUACACCUACAAUUCCUAACGAUGAACAAUAUCAAAUGUUGCUGAAUGAUCUAGAAUGUUCAAAAGGAUUAGAAUUACCCCUCCAAGCAACAACCUUCAACAAAGGAUGCAAGCACAAUCUCCAUUCUGUAACCCUGUCAGAAAUGAAACUGGUAUGGAUUCAAGAAUCCGAAUGCAUCUAGAAGAUUCUGGCACUGCAAGACAAUCAAUGUUUAAAGCCCCUCUCCCCCCUGCCCCAAGUGAAUUGGUUGAAAGCUGAAUGGGUUUGUUGGCAUGUCCAAAACUAGCAACAAGUUUGGCUUGUUUUUAUUUCCCCAGAGAAUGCGCCUAAAAAUCACUCUUUAAACCUCUUCCUAAAGAUUCCUGCCAAAGGAUACGGGAAAAAAAACCCAGUUUCUUAAGAGACAGUCUGUACUUUCCUCAAGAUAUUUUCCAUAAAAGUAAUAGUCAUGAGUUUUUCUAAUGUAACAAAAGAUAAAACUGAAUACCUCCAGAACCUUAGGUUAAGCCAUAGGCAGCUAGUUCCUGAUUUUCACAUAAUUUUAUUCCUGAAGACAGUAUUUUUCUGAAAUGCAUCUAUUUUAGGACACUGGGAGACAUAACCAUCACAACUAUAGUCCCUGGAUUACACAUCUCAUUUGUAGAUUAACAAAUUAAUUUGUAUAAUAAAGGAAAACAACAUUUGUGAGACAUGUCUAGACAUCUCAGUAAUUACAGUUUUUCUCUCUUCCUGUAUAUGUAUAUGUAUAUAGCACAGCAGAGUUGUUAAAAUCGGAUUUGACGCACAGUCUAUAUUAAUUUAUAGAAUACUUCAUCUGGAUGACCAAUGGAGAGCUUCUGGCUCAUGAGCCAAAUUUUACCCAUCAGCACUCCUUAUCUGGCCUCUGAGGCCUCUGAUAUGGCCCCUUCCCAAAUACUCAACCCUUUUGCGAAGGGACAAGGGACAGGAGAGUAGAUCCCAAUUGAGCUAUGGACUUGAAGGGAAUCCCUGGACACCAUGACUGUGUCUCUUUACUCUUCCCCCAGUUUCCCCAACUGCAAGGAGGAGAGCAGUGUGUGAAUGAGAAAAAGAGAGAAUCAAGUAUGAUAUGUGUGUACUUGAAGAUGACUGUGAGAGAAUGUGCACAGAGUUUCUGGAAAGCACAGGAGGGGGGCAGCAUGCCAUGAAUAGAGUGACUCUAUCCACUUAUGUGGCCUACAAGGUCUCUCUGUGGGCCAAAAUAAAUUUAAAGAACUUGAUAAAGUUUUAAUGUUAUGCUACACAGCUCAAUGCAUUAUUUUUG